AGCACACAUGACCGUUGAGGGCUCUUGCCUGCCGCGCAAAAACCCCACCUUUAAGACCUGUCCCACUUCCGACAUCAUCCUUUUUCUUCCAUCUUUCCAUGCGGGGCGGGCGCACCCACGCAAGAGCUAUGAUGCUUGUCAGUGGGGUUUUGACGCUGUGAGCUGUCUGUCCCGUCCCGUCUCUCGGAUUUGGCGAAUUCCAGCCAUCCUUCAAUUCCACAAGGCGACCGAUACUGUAAAUCACCAUCAGCUGCCGACGAAUCGCGCAGAUAUCUCGACGUUUUUGAUUGGCAUCUGUAUAUCAACGGUCUAGUUGCGAGCAAUCAGCGGUAUAACUCGAACAUCGCUUGGGUCGGUAUCCACGAUAGGAACCGAUUAGUCUACAGCAUCAGGGGCAGUGUCACGAACUCCACGUCGCCAACCAAAUCACCCGAACCACACAACAUAUUUGCGCCAUCAUACCCGCAACAGCAAUAGCCAUGGCCUCAAAACAAGACGCCAAGAUCCAAAAGAUCAUUGCGCGACUACAAAAGCGCAUCGCCGAGGGCCAGUUCGAGGAGCAGUACGAGGCCGGGCAGGAGACGAGGUUGGUUGCGGCGCGGUACACAAAGGCGGAGAAUUGGCCGGCCGCCAUCGACAUUCUGUCCAGCGUGUCGCAGGCGCUGCUGAAGGCCGGAGCGGGCGGCGCCGGUGGCGAUCUCGCCAUCUUGCUGGUGGACGUUUACAAGCAAGGCAAAGUCAAGCCGGAUGCGGCGUCGCGCGGGCGGCUGUUGACGUGUUUGAGGCUGUUUGAGUUCGAGGAGCCGACCAGGAAGAAGUUUGUGAAGGAGGUUUUUGAUUGGUCUCGAAAGUUUGGCGAAUACCCUGCCGGCGACCCGGAACUGCACCACGUUGUCGGCACCCUAGCCGCCGAGAAGCACGAGACGGAUGAGGCCGAGAAACAUUUGGUUCUAGGCACCAAGGAGUCGGCCGAGGUGCUGACGCGCAUGGAGUACGAGUGGUACAAGGACAGCGAGCAACCGCACACGGCCGCCCUCUUCGCCGCCCGCGCCAUCCUGCCGUAUCUGCUGCUGGCUAAUGUCCGCGCGGCCAACACGUCAUACCGCGCUUUUGUCUCGGCGCUCACGGUCGAAAACUCGUCGCUCGGCGUGCAAAACGUGGAGAGUUCCCAGGGUAGUGAUAUCCGCAUCUUCCCGAGCUUGCCGCUGCUGAAUUUCUUGGGACUGUUGCUGCUGGCGGUGCAGAAGGGAACCCCGGAUCUGUUCAGGCAGUUGAAGACGAAAUAUGCGAGCAAUCUUGCCGAGCUGGGGGGAGCGUGGGACGGCGCGCUGGAGAUGAUUGCUGAGAUGUACUUUGGUAUUCAAAGGCCAAGGCAGUCUAACCCAUUGCUGGAUAUGAUGGGUAGCUUAUUCGGCGGCGGCGGUGGCGGUGGUGGUGGUGCGGGCGCUGCUGGGGGCAGGCCGCCAGUGAGGAGGGUUGAGGCGGCGCCUACUGCUGAGGGACUGGACUGA